AUGGAAGCCACUGAGCCAAGUCAAGUGCCGUCCGCUCCUCAUUCAUCCACACUCGCAGACGCUUUACUCGAUGCUGUAGUGGAUGAGACAAUAGACCAUCAGAUCGCCAUUGAGCUAGCUCAUGCUUUGCUUCGAGGCGCGCUUAUCAAAGUCCAGGCGCAGAUGGAAGCAAACUGCUUGCCGUUCAACUCCCACAACGCAGACAACACAGUGAAACACGUUGACACAAUGCUCCGACUCCUCAAGACCGAAGAUGGACAGGAGAACAGCUGGCUCAACAGAUUGAAAGCUCGAUUGAGUGCAGAGUCUCGGAAUCAAUGA